CUCUCGCCGGCUGCCAGGAAAAUAAAAAUUAGGGCAGGGAGAUGGAGCGAGAGAAAAGCCAAUGAACUUGUUUCCAGCUUUUCCUGCGGAUCAGCCAUCCAGCACCGGGAGAAAAAUAUUUCUCCUGUAAAAAAAAAACCCUCUCCAUGCAGGCUCUGAGCCCUUCGGCACCAGGACACUGGCCGGAGACGCGGGCUCAGCUCGGCGGCGGAGGACACUGAGCAGCCUGCUGAGGAGGGAAGCAGAGUGGCGCCCAUGGAUGAGAUGGAUUUAGCAGAGACCUGGAAGGAAAAGCCAGCUGGGAGGGGAGUGCCGGCCUCCUGCGUUACCCAACAGCUGGAGGGCGGUGAAAACAGCUGGAACAGCUUGGGAUGAGGGGCUGGUACCGCCAUGGAUGUGUGGAGCUGUGGGGAUGCCCUGAGCCCCGUGGGGACCUGCCACCCCGUCUGCCAGUCCUGCUCCUGGGGUGCAGGGGCUGUCACAGCCCUGUGGUAGCAGAGUGGCGGGGAUGGAGGUGCUGAGCCGCAGCGCAGAGCCGGGUGGGUUGUCGCCCUGAGGACCACGCAGCAGGUACCCUGGCAGGUGUGCGACGGACCACAACUCGGACAACACGACGGCGAUGCUGCAGGAGUGGCUGGGCGCCGUGGGCAAGGACUAUCACUCGGUGGCCUGGAAGGUGCAGGAGGAGCCCAGCUCCUACCCGGAUGAGCUCGGGCCUAAGCACUGGAGCGACAAACGCUACGAAAACCUGAUGAAGCUGAAGCAGGAGGCUCUCACCUACGCCCGGGAGCAGCAGGCAGACUACAUCCUGUUCAUGGACACCGACAGCAUCCUGACCAACAACCAGACCCUCAAGUUUCUCAUAGCACAGAACAAGUCGGUGGUGGCCCCCAUGCUGGACUCACAGACCUUCUACUCCAACUUCUGGUGUGGCAUCACGCCCCAGGGCUACUACCGCCGGACGGCCGACUACUUCCCUACCAAGAACCGGCAGCGGGUGGGCUGCUUUGCUGUCCCCAUGGUCUAUGCCACCUUCCUGAUCAACCUGCGGAAGGAGGAGACGUCGCGUUUGGCUUUCUACCCACCCCACCCCAACUACACCUGGGCCUUCGACGAUAUCAUCGUCUUCGCCUACUCCUGCCAGGCAGCUGGCGCCGAGGUCCAUGUGUGCAACCAGCAGCGCUUCGGCUACAUCAACGUCCCUGUGAAGGCCCACCAGACACUGGAAGAUGACCGUGCCAACUUUGUGCAUCUCACGCUGGAGGCCAUGGUGGAUGGCCCCCCCAUGCAGCGCUCCAGGCACAUUUCCCUCCUCCCCAAGCCGCUCACGAAAAUGGGCUUUGAUGAAAUCUUCCUCAUCAACCUGGUGCGGAGGCCGGACCGGCGCCAGCGAAUGCUGGCGUCCCUGCAGGAGCUGGAGAUCGCCCCGCGGGUGGUGGACGCCGUGGAUGGGAGCACCCUCAACAGCAGUGACAUCAAGGUGCUGGGGGUGGACCUGCUCCCCGGAUACUAUGACCCCUUCUCCGGCCGCACGCUCACCAAGGGUGAGGUUGGCUGCUUCCUCAGCCACUACAACAUCUGGAAGGAGAUCGUGUCCCGGGGGCUGGAGCGGUCGGUGGUCUUCGAGGACGAUGUGCGCUUUGAGGCUGCUUUCCCGGCGCGGCUGCAGCGGCUGAUGGCGGAGCUGGAGGGGGCACGGCGGGACUGGGACCUCAUCUACCUGGGGAGGAAGCAGGUGAAUGCGGAGGAUGAGGCACCUGUGGAGGGCGUGCAAAACCUGGUGGUGGCCGGGUACUCGUACUGGACACUGGCCUAUGCCAUCUCCCACCGCGGGGCGCAGAAGCUGCUGGCCGCCAAGCCCCUCUCCAAAAUGCUGCCGGUGGACGAGUUCCUGCCCAUCAUGUAUGACAAGCACCCCAAUGAGGAUUACAAGCGGCACUUCGUCCCCCGCGACCUGCUGGUGUUCUCAGCUCACCCCCUCCUGGUUUAUCCCACCCACUACGCCGGGGAUAGCAACUGGCUGAGCGACACUGAGACCUCCACCAUCUGGGACGAUGAUGCCAAGAAGACCGACUGGGCUGGCUCGCAGAAGACCCUGAGGGACUCACGGGGCAGUGCUGGCCACCUCCGCUCCACCGCCCGCGACGAGCUCUGAUGGGACGAGGGAUCGCGACCUGGCUGGGAGCACCGCGGGCCAGCGGCCUGAUCCUGCCCGCUCCUGCUUGAGAGACGCAGCCAUCCUGGCUGGAUCCCCCCAGGGUCCUUGGAAUCUGUGCGUGGUGAAUCCACCCAAGGUUUUGUCCCCAGGGCUCCUGGAGAGCCCUUUCCCUGCCAGGCGGAGGGACCAGAAGAGUGCUGUGCUGGGGACGUGUCCAGGACUGCCCUGAGCGAUGCCAACUCCGCCGUCUCCCGACGGUUUGGACUUUGGGGAGUGUUUUUCAGGCUGGGGGCUGGCUCCUGUGGUGGCACACAUGGCCUCCUGACACCGACCGGGCUUGUCCCUCGCCUGUGCUGUGUCUGGGCUGAAGCCCCGGGAGGAUUAAAGCAGACUGUUUGAGCUGAUGUGCCAGGUGCUGGCUCUGCUGGGUGGCAUUGCCCCAUGUAUCGUCCCCAGGGCAUACCCCACCGGGGUCACCUCGGAGCUGCUGUGGCGAGGGUCUGGCAGUUCCCCUGGACGGGGAUUGCUUUGGGAAUGAAAUCUGUAAUGGGGAAAGGAAGGAGGAAGGUGGGGUGGGAGAGAGAGAUGGAGCUCUCCCUUGGGGUGAAAAGAUGGGUGGCAUUUCUGUGGAGCUCAGCUCUCCCCUGGGAAUGCUGAGGGAGAUGAUUUCCCUCACUGGCGCUGGUGUCCUCAGCAGAGGGUUUGGCCUUGGGACUGAAAACCCGACGCCAGCUUGAGCACCGAGAUGUGCAGCUGAGUCCUGCUGGGCUCCGGCAUCUGUCACCUUUGUGGCCAGCUCUGGAGGAGGGCGUUUGCUUUCCAAGAGCCCGGCUGUGUUUGGUGCUAAACCUCAGCUCCUCAGCAGGGCAAGCUUCGUCUGAAAAUUGAGAUUUUUCUGGAGUGGAGGAGCAAUUUCUUUAAAAACACUGCAACUAGCCCUAGUCUGGGUGAGCUGGGGAGAUGUGAGCUCCCUGCCAGGCCCCUAGAGCUGCUGCCUCUCUCCACCCGUGCCUGGCCACUGGCUGCCCCUUUUGGCCCUGGAGCAGCUGCUGGGGUUAGCCCUGGGACGGCGGGUUGCUGGCCUCACCCAGGGUUUGGGGGGCUG